AUGGCAUCGGCAGGUAGAAACAUCGUCGGAGGAGGACUGCGCGGCGGCGCCCCAAGCACUCAAGACGUUGGUGCUGGUGACGCCUUAGCUGGAGGCGUUGGCGAUGCCCCGAGCACUAGCGCAGGAGACGUUAGUAACGCCCUGGCUGCUAGUGUAGGAGGCACAGACAAUGCAUUGGUUGUGGGCACAAGUGUGUGUAUAGUGCUAGGUGAUGGCUAUGCGGAGCUAAGCUUUUGGCGCGCAUCUGUCAAGCGUUCGUGGGGAAUAGUAGGCACCCACUCUCACAAAGGCAUAAAGAGGAAUACUAUACCAGAUUCACAGCAAGGCAAGGGAACUACAAAUAGUGGCAAUUCGAAGGUAACUUUUAUCUUCAGUUUCAUAGCUUGUGACGAUGACAUUGCCCUCAUUGUAUCUUUGUUCCAUAUCCCUCCUUUUGUUAUGUGCCAUUGGGCUGAGAAGGAUGAGCGACGUGUUAUAAUUCCUCAGGAGAGUUAA